AUGAAUCUGCGAGUCACUAUGAAGAACUCCUUCUUGAACGUAGAUGAGCCCAGUGCCGGUGGUCUCGAUGAUUUGGCAAUGCCCGAACUCAUUCGAGGUCAGACUGCACCGGACGUAUUCCCAUCGGCCAGGCAUGCUAUAGAUUCGCAACCCCCUGGUCAUAAAGCAGCAGUGCCUUUGAUUGGCCUGUCCUGGCCGCCUUUCGUCCACUCUGUGCUUGAGGAAAGCAGGCACGUCAAUGACAACUUGGUCGUGGGUGCACACAGUACUCGCUCUGAUCACGGCAGUUCCGACUCCCAGGACUGGGCCUCUACGAUAUCGGCGGUAUUGGGUUUAGAGAGCACCACAGACUCUGAUGUAACCUCUAUUUUGAGUGCGGCGCCGGCUGGAGACUCAGGGCAGGAUGCUGGAUCAUUGAGAUCGCAAAAUCAGCUUUUGACCAACGCUCUCUUCGCUAUUGCGGAAUCCAAUGAGAUGCAUCAACAGCGAAAUGGCAGUGGUGGUGGCUCUCAUGCAUAUGGCAAUUUCGCUGCUUCGAUUGAGAAUGGUAGCUGCGUAUCGAGCCCAUACUUCAUUGGUGCAGCUAGCAGCCCUUCGGGUCUCUUGUCCACCCCGGACUAUGGUAGGGACCAGAUGGGUGGGUCGAUGGGUGGUCCUGCUGGUCAGAGGGAGGAGGUGUGUCCUCUAGAGGAGGAGGAGGGUGAUGAUGAUGUCAACAAUACGACUGUGAUGCUGAGGAAUAUACCCAAUCGGUUCGACACACAAUCGUUGAUCGAACAGAUUUACCUUAUGGGUUUUGAGAACACUUUUGACUUUCUCUAUUUGCCAAUCGAUAUCAGAAACAAAUGCAAUGUCGGCUAUGCUUUUCUAAACUUUCGUCAACAUUCUAGAGCCCUCGAUUUCAAGCGAACAUUCACCAACUACAGACUGCCAGCCCUAAACUCGCAUAAGAUCUGCCGAGUUUGUUGGGCACUCGUGCAAGGCUUCAACAAGAAUGUUGAGCACUAUAGGAAUUCCCCAAUUCCGGAGAAGCAUAGGCCGCUAAUCGCCGAUGCACAGGGACGGUGGAUCCCCUUCCCUAAACCUGACCCUCAUGUCGAGGAGUUGAUCCGAUCUCGUAUGGCGCAGGAGGAGAUGUCCAAAGCACUUGGUUCUAGGAAGAUCCGUAGCUCGACGUCGUAUUGGGUAGAGGAUAGUCAUAAAAUAUUUAUCGGUGGUUUGGGACGUUAUACUACUAGUAGUACCCUCCGCGCGCAUUUUUCUAAGUUUGGUGCCGUCAGAGAGGCUCCAGUGGUGAUGGAUCGAACCUCUGGUAAGAGCAGAAGGUUUGGCUUCUGUGUCUUCGAACAUGAGGUUCCUAAGGCCGUAUUUGAGCUACCCCAUGAGAUCGAUGGGGUCCUCGUUGCUGUGGAAUACUAUUCUUCAAAUACCUGA